AAAAAAGGGGGAACCCCCCGCGGAAUCCGCCUCAUUCAGGGAACCAUAUAGCAGAAAAGCUUCGAAGGGCAUUAGGUCCCUGGUCCGCUUCAAUAUGAUCUGAGACGAUAUCGCCAUAGUCCAUUUUUGGUGGCAAACACGAUCCCAGAGUUGGGCAGGGAGGCUUUUUUUUUGUGAAACCGUAUCGUCGCAAUCGUCGCAACUGUUGCGACUGUUGGGAAGGCUUUCCGCUUGGAGGAAAGAAUUUGUAUAAAUCACAAGUCUCCAUCCGUGACUUUCCCAUCUCAUCUGUUCCAUCACUCAUCUCACACACAACCUGCCAUCUCAUCCUCUUUUCUUCGUCUCUUAUUCCAUUUCGAUUCGCUUCAAGAGCCCUGGUUGGCCGUAUAUUUUUUAAACUUUUAUUUUAGCUUCUUCGACAUCCUGUGGGUUCCUUUGCAAACAAUACCUUUUAUUCCGUCCCAUCUUGGUCGUCCAAAAAAAAAAAAAAAAAACAGUCAAAAUGCACGCCCAGCAGUACAUCAUUGCCGCCCUCAUGGCCUUUGGUGCCGCCGUGACUGAAGCUCGCGCCCUUGAGCCUCGUCAGCUCGGCGACCUGGCAUGCAACGUCGCCCGUCUGCAGAUCGUCAACGCCCUGAGCGCGACCAAGAAGAACGUCGGUGACAUCCAGGACCCGACCGUCAAGGCCGGCGCCCAGGCCGGCCUCAAGCAGUCCCAGGACGCCAUCGGCGUUAUCGGCAAGGCCAUCAUCUCCGGUAGCAAGGCCCCGGCCAACGCUCGCGACGACGUCGCCGCCGGUCUGACCGCUACUGGUACCGCUCUGCAGGGGGGUAGCAAAGAUGACAAGGCUGUCGCCGACGCUACAUCCAACCUGACCAAGGCUGCCAAGGCGGGUCAGGACGUCGUUGCCAAGUGCAAGUAGGCGCUGUUGAAAAGUCUAAAAAAAUUGAGCGCUGUCUUUCUUUUCGGAAGCGACACGAUGAAAUAGACUUGGUGAUCGGAGUGGAAACAAGAGACGGGGUUGGGCGUUUGUGUGUGUUAUGUGUGGUUGUGUGUACGAAUAUCCUUCUUCACCUUCUUCAGGGGCAGCUUUCGUCCAGCUUCUCGGAUCGCAGUGCGUGGCUGUGCCCUGUGACAGCCAGCAGAAUCUGGCUGGACUUCAAAAUUAAGAUACCCCUUUUUCUUCCAC